AUACAUAUAUCCAUUUCUACAAACUCUCCUUUUGUCCACCGCCGAUGCCCCACGCCGCCGCCGUUUUCCGAUCGCUCGUCGGCAUUCCGGUCUCUAAAUCUCAGAAACCCUCGAAAAGAGCAAUCUUUAAAUCUGAAAUGGAUCUCCACCUUACGAAGCCCGACGACUGGCAUCUCCAUCUUCGCGACGGCAAGCUGCUCGAAUCCGUCGUGCACCAUUCGGCGAGGCAUUUCGGCAGGGCAAUCGUUAUGCCUAACCUAAAGCCUCCAAUCACGACGGCGGCGGCGGCGGUGGCUUACAGGGAUUCGAUUCUGAAGGUUCUUCCUCCUGAUUGUGAUUUUGAUCCAAUGAUGACUCUUUAUUUGACGGAUGAUACCAGACCUGAGGAGAUUAAGCUUGCUCGGAGUAGUGGAGUGGUUUAUGCUGUGAAAUUGUAUCCUGCUGGAGCAACUACCAAUUCACAAGAUGGAGUAACAGAUAUCUUUGGAAAAUGCUUUUCUGUUCUUGAGGAGAUGGUCAAACAGAACAUGCCAUUGUUGGUUCAUGGAGAAGUUACAGAUGCAAAUGUUGACAUAUUUGACCGCGAGAAAGUGUUUAUUGAGACAAUUUUAGAACCACUGGUUCAAAAGCUUCCACAACUAAAAGUUGUUAUGGAACAUAUAACAACUAUGGAUGCUGUUAAGUUUAUUAUGUCAAGUAGAGAAGGUUGCAUCGCCGCAACAGUUACACCCCAGCAUCUUGUGCUAAAUAGAAAUGCUUUGUUUCGAGGUGGUUUGCAGCCACACAAUUACUGUCUACCUGUACUGAAAAGAGAAGUACAUAAACUUUCACUGUAUACUUGGGAUACAGGGCAAGCCAUUGUAUCAGCUGUAACAAGUGGAAGCAAACGGUUUUUCCUUGGGACUGAUAGCGCUCCCCAUGCGAGAAAUCUUAAAGAAUGUACAUGUGGAUGUGCAGGCAUUUAUAAUGCUUCUGUUGCAUUAUCACUUUAUACUAAAGUAUUUGAAGAGGCUGGUGCACUUGACAAACUGGAGGCAUUUAUGAGCUUCAAUGGACCAGAUUUCUAUGGUUUGCCAAGAAAUUCCACAAAAAUUCUAAUGAAAAAGAGCUCAUGGAGAGUGCCUGAAUCAUACAUGUUCACAUGGGGAGAAAUAGUUCCAAUGUGUGCUGGCCAAAUGCUAGACUGGCUCCCAUCUGAUUGUUAACGGAAAUAUGUUUUAUUUUAUUGAUUUUGUUGCUCUUGUCAUAUUUUAUCGAUAUUUUUUCUUGAUGCUUGUCUAUUCAAAAUUUUUUUGAACUAAAA